GCGCAAUCAUUGUUACCGGAAGUAUGUCACACAACGUACAGGAGUUAACCAAUGAAAUAGCCUGGUCUGGUAUUUUGUCCACUCAGGUUGAGUGGGCGGGUCCAACGUGUAGUUGACGUGGAUGUACGUGAUACAGACAAAAUAACGUACAUUUUUGUUUUGAAACGUAUUAUAAUGAAAUACAGAAAGUAGAUAGCUAGUAUGCAUUAAAUAGAGGCAAGUAACAAGUAUACUGAGACAUCUAGCUAGCUAACUUGCUAAAAACGAAUGGUCCCUCCGUUACUGAACUAGCUAACAGCACCAUCAUCAUGGAAGAAGGACCGAAAACCAGUGUAUGAGUUGAAGCUUUGCCUCGAUCCUGACGAGUCUCCCAGUCUCUACCUCUGAAAAACAUCCCCACAGCAUGAUGCUGCAACCAUGCAUCACCGUAGGGAUAGUAUUGGCCAGGUGAUGAGAGGCGCCUGGUUUCCUCCAGACACUUGGCAUUCAGGCCAAAGACUUCAAUCUUGGUUUCAUCAGACCAGAGAAUCUUGUUUAUCAUGGUCAGAGUCCUUUAGGUGCCUUUUGGCAAACUCCAAGCAGGCUGUCAUGUUCCUUUUACUGAGGAGUGGCUUCUGUCUGGCCACUCUACCAUAAAAGCCUGAUCGGUAGAGUAUUGUAGGGAUGGUUGUCCUUCCCGGAGGUUCUCCCAUCUCCACAGAGGAACUCGAGCUCUGUCAGAGUGACCAUCGGGUUAGGGGACCUUCAAUACUGCAGACAUGUUUUGGGACCCUUCCCCAGAUCUGUGCCUUGACACAGUCCUGUCUCGGAGCUCUUUUGGACAAUUUCUUCAACCUCAUGGCUUGGAUUUUGCUCUGACAUGCACUGUCAACUGUGGGACCUUUUAUAUAGACAGGUCAGAAGUAAUCAAUCACAUCAACUGACCAGCUACAACCAUGUACUCCAGUCCAGAUGUCUGCCUUAAAUCUGGCAGUCACAACAGUAGCAGUAACAGCAACAGCAUCACUGAACUCCUGGGCUCCCUGUGUGACAGCAGCCUCACUGGGGUGUCAUGGAAACGUCGUGCUCUGGGAGGGGUGUCUCGAGAGGGGGUCCGCCGCACUCUCAGAAAGCGUGCCUACGGGGCCCUGCUGUCCAAACUGUUCCAGGAGGGCUCCCCGAAAGGGUUCUUGUCAGUACCUAGUGCCACGUCCACCACCCCUCCCAGAAACAAGCUACUUAUGAUAUCCUUUGACCUGAGAGUGGCAGGGUGCCAGGACGAGGCCGAGAGGCUGGAGGAGCAGCUGGGGAGGCUAAGUGAGGGGCCCGCCUCGGGUCUGAAGGAGCUGGACUCUGUGCUGGAGCUCUUGGUGCAGCUGACUGGCUCUGCACCCCCACCCCCGGCCUCAUUCAGCAGGGACUACAUGCGCAGGGAGAGGCCCGUGUUGAGGAGGCCUCCACUGGGGGGCUACCAGAGUGAGGAGCUGCAGAGGUUAGAGGCCCGAGCCUGGGCCCUGAUGUGUGGGGAGGAGUGGGGAUCCCUGAAGGGUCUGUGUGGGACUCUGGGUCUGAUGGAUGCUCCUCCGGGCACAGGCCUGCUGGCACUGAGGAGGAGGUCCGACGUUGAGGAGAGGUUUGAGAAGGAGACCAGGAUGUCUCUGUUUGGAGCCCUGCAACACUCCCGUACCUCAGACCUGGACAUCAGGCUCAAUCUGCCUCCUGUUCCCAGCAAUGCGGAUGUCACUGGGCUAGCCAUACGGGUGCCACCUUGUUUGGACCAGUUAGAAGAUGAGGGCUUCCAGUCAGCCUCCAACCUAACCCCAGACUCCCAGUCAGAGCCCAGUCCCAGCCCAGAACUUGAUGUCUGGGACGCCCUGAGGACUUUUGAGCCUGGGAGACGCCGCUGCUGGGAGUCUGUUGGCUGCCCACCAGGGAAGAGGGAAUUCCCCUACCUGACGGAGGGAGGCAGGGAGGCUUUUGAUCAGCUCUACAGGCUGUGGGAGGGGGAGAUGAGGGUGGUAUGCUCUGCCUCCCCCUCGCCCCUCCUGCCCCUGCCUCUGGACUGUCAGACCCAGCUGGUCAGUGACCUACUUAAUGUAUUGAUCGGGGUGGCGUCUACUACCUUCCCCCUCAACCAGGUGUGUGUAAAUUUUGACGUUCGACCCGGAGUGUGUGUGUCGGGAGCGUCACCGGAGAGUGUGUCUCGUUUGCUUGGCGAGCUGGCUCAGUAUGGCACCCAUUACCUGAGGCUCAGUCGCUUCGUUCUGCAGAGUGCCCAAAAGAGAGGCCUGGUCUUCCAGGCGUUUACAGGUGGGCUGCGUAAGUACCUGCAUUACUACCGGGCCUGUGUCCUAAGUACCCCUCCCACCCUUAGCCUGCUCACCAUCGGCUUCCUGUUCCGCAAGGUGGGCCGGCAGCUCAGGUAUUUGUCAGAAUUGUGCUGUGUGGAUGGGGCAUCUGGUGUGGGCCAGGCUACCUUCCCUGUGGGUGUGACGCUGCUCUCCUACCUGUACAACGAGGCCCAGAGCAACUGCAGCAAUGAGAACUACCCCGUGCUGCUGUCCCUACUGAAGAGCAGCUGUGAGCCUUACACACGGUUUGUGUCAGACUGGGUGUACAGUGGAGUGUUCCGGGACGUGUACGGAGAGUUCAUGAUCCAGGUCAACGAAGACUACCUCAGCUUCAGAGACAAGCACUUCUGGGCGCAGGGCUACACACUGAUCUCCCGUGAUGUGGAGGACUGCGUGCCUGUCUUCCUCCGACACAUAGCCAACGAUGUGUACGUCUGCGGGAAGACCAUCAACCUGCUCAAGAUCUGCUGUCCCCAGCAUUACAUCUGCUGGUCGGAGCUGCCCGUGCCUCGCAUCGCUGUCACGUUCUCCCUGCAGGAGGUAGAGGAGAUAGAGAGGGACUGUGCCGUGUACCGAGGACGCAUGGAGAGGAUUGCCAAGCACAGCGCCACCAGCAGGGAGGAACAGGCCCUGCGCACAGAGCAGGCACGCCAGGAACUGAUCAAUCAGGUCAGGCAGUCGGCCGCCAAGACCCUGGAGAGCAUCCGCGGGCGCCAGGUGUCGCAGCGUCUGGCUGUAGAGGCAAAGAAGAGGGAACGCUUUGAAGAGCUGAGACAGCACUUGGAGCAGGAACAAGAGUGGCACAGUUUAGCCAGGAGGAAGGAGCAGGAGGAUGAAUUCAGCUUUGCCAGGGAGCUGAGAGACCGAGAGAAGCGACUACAGGCCCUGGAGGAGCAGCUGGAGAUCCGAGCCAGGAAGGAACUGAUUGCCCAGUACAGCCACCUAUCAGAGGAGGCGGCCAAGAGGGAGUGGCGGGCCAUGUGGAGGGUUCAGCGAAUGAGACUGGACGAUUUCCGGGCCCAGUUCCUACAGCAAGACCAACAGGAGACUGAGGCUAUUCUGGAAAAGUAUCCUGUCGGAGGGCAGAGACCCCCUCUGGAAAUACUACAGCCAGCUCCAGCUCAGACCACUCAACCAUUAACACAGAAGUCCCUAUCCCCAGAGCCCUGUGAGCAGCAGUCUGAGGAGCCAACCCAGGCCCCCCUUCACCAGCAAUCCACUCCCCCAGCACUCCCCACCACGAAACUCGACCUCGCCCUCGUCACAGAGCACAUCGACGCCAAUGACUUCCUGCCCAAGCCGGCCGACAGCCUGCAAGUGGACCAGGCCCUACAGGAAAUUGGGUCGGACCUCCCGGAGGCUCUUGCGCCUCAUAAACCCGUAGACUAUGAUUUUACCGCCCCCUACAGUCCCCUUGAGGGAGUGACUGCCCCGGCCCUGGCAAGACCUCGCUGGGGUCCUGUGGUACAGCCAGACGUGGCUCACCCUCACAUCCCAACCGGUCCCCCUGAGUCCACUCUAGGCAUGGGGUGUGUGGUGUCCGGGACUUUAGCUCUCCCGUCUCCGCUACCCGGAAGUACCUACGGCCAUUCUUCAGACUCCACAAUGGGUGUAGGGUGUGUGGUGUCAGGAGCUGAGGUCCUCCCCAGGCCCAGUCCUCACGGCCAGGCCUCCCAAUCUAGCAUCCCCCUGGGCCAGUACUUCUCUGAUGUGCCCCUGGCUCUCCACACAGCCAAUGUCCACGGACACCCCUCCCAGACCACAGUGCAGCUGGUGGAUGGAAGUGAGGCAACGCAGAUGGACAGCAGGCAGGAGAAUACGGAAGACCCAUCACCUCCAGGGGGCAUUGUAAAAGAGGCUGAAGUGACUGUAGAGGCAUCAUGCCUGGUGGAGAUGAAGCCAGCUGAGAUGGAGAAACUAGAUCGUGUUGGAGCAGAGGGACAGAUGGCUGGUUCUCUCAGGGAGGCUUCUGCCUCCUCCACCCCAAAGCAGGGCCAUGACAGUGGGUAUCACCCAGGACAGGCCUCCCCUUCCCUCUCUGGACCCUCCAGGUUGUCCGAGCUUCCUACUGCCAACAUUCAAGGCCAUGCCUCAGAUGCUCAUAUUAAAGUCGGAGAGCACGUUUCAGAUGUGGAAGCCCUUCUCCCUUCUCAAAACGUUCAUGGUCACUCAUCUGAUGCUAACAUAAAGGUAGGAGAGUUUGUUUCGGAGGUGACUGCUCCUCUUCCGACCUCCAACGUUCACGGUCACGCAUCUGACGCUCAUAUUAAAGUUGGAGACCAUGUUUCAGAAGUGGUCGCCUCCCUUUUCACCCAGAACAUUCACGGUCAUGCCUCGGACUCUCACAUCAAGGUCGGGGAGCACAUGUCAGAAGAGGUCGCCUCCAUUCACACCCAAAACAUCCACGGUCACUCAUCCGACACUCACUUCAAGGCGGGUGAGUUUGUGUUGGACGCAGAGCCCUCCCGACCACGCUGGAGCAAGCAUGGUCACGCCUCAGACUGCACACUUCAAGUAGGCUGUGUGAUGUCUGGCACAGAACCAGUACUCUCCCCUUUACCUGGUAGCACCUACGGCCAUUCCUCUGAGUCCACACUAGGUAUAGGGUGUGUUGUCUCUGGGGUUGAAGUCCUUCAUGCUCCUCUACCUGGAAGUGACUUUGGACACGCCUCAGACUCAACCCUGGGUGGAGGGUGUGUGGUGUCAGGAACGGUAACCCUUCCUUCUCCGAUACCCGGAAGUGACUACGGCCAUUCGUCAGAUUCAGCGAUGGGCGGAGGGUGCGUGAUAUCUGGGAUUGAACCCGUUCGCGCUCCUCUUCCCGGCAGCAACUUCGGACAGUCCUCAGACUCCACACUGGGCACAGGGUGUGUGGUGUCUGGUGUAAGCCCUCUGCCCUCCCCCAUCCCUGGCAGUAUCUACGGCCACAGCUCAGACUCUGCCCUGGGAGGGGGCUGUAAGGUGUCAGGUGUAAACCCUCUGCCCUCCCCCAUCCCUGGCAGUAUCUACGGCCACAGCUCAGACUCUGCCCUGGGAGGGGGCUGUAAGGUGAAGGAGACUGGAAAUGAAUACGACGCCAGGACCCUGGAGCAGCAGGAGCAGCAGCGGCUGGCCGAGGGCAUCUCGUCCUGGGCAGCGGGCUUGGCUCUGUCCCCAGGCGAGAGCUCAGAGAGGGAGUACCUCCGCUACCUGGCUGCUCAGUACCAGGUGGAGCAGUACGAGGACUGCUACGGUCUCAUGACGUUGGCCCCAGAGUGUCACCCCCUGCAUCAGGUGACGCGGGGUCCCUGGGGCCUCCCGGUGGACCCAUCGCUCCGCAGGGCCACAGACACCACGGUGGUGCAGCUUAGUGGGAUGGUCUCCCUGCCCGUCCUCAUGAAGCACUCUGUCACCACCCCACUCAUCACACAUGUAUCCUUGGUGAACAAGGCGGUGGUGGACUACUACUUCGUAGAGCUUGGAGUGGAGAGGCAUUUUGAGGCCCUCAGGCACUUCUUGCUCAUGGAGGACGGGGAGUUCGCCCAGUCUCUCAGUGACCUGAUCUUUGAAAAGAUGGGCAGUGGUCAGACUCCUGGAGAGCUGUUGACUCCUCUGGUCCUGAACUCCAUCCUGAGUAAGGCUCUUCAGUACAGUCUUCAUGGAGACAGUUCUCUGGCCCCUAACUUCACCUUCGCCCUGCGCUUCCUCCCGGAGACCUUCCAUCCUCACGCCCCCGACGCACUCAACUGCCUGGAGCUACGGUACAAGGUGGACUGGCCGUUGAACAUCAUAAUCACAGACAGCUGUAUGAACAAGUACAACCGUCUGUUCUCCUUCCUGCUGCAGCUCAAACACAUGGUGUGGAGCCUCAGAGACGUCUGGUUUCACCUCAAGAGGACUGCGCUGGUGAAAGGGGCGGGCCGCUCGGUGCAGUUCCGCCAGCUGCAGCUGUACAGACACGAGAUGCAACACUUUGUGAAGGUGAUCCAGGGUUACAUCGCUAACCAGAUCCUGCAGGUGUCCUGGUUAGAGUUCACCACCAAGCUGGCCAGUGCCUCGGACCUGGACGCCAUACACCGCACACACGCCGACUACCUCAACAGAGCGAUCUUCAGGGGUCUGCUGACAGAGAAGGCAGCUCCAGUCAUGAACAUCAUCCACAGUAUCUUCAGCCUGAUCCUGAAGUUCCGGGCCCAGCUGAUUGCACAGCCCUGGGACAGCCAGCAGGGGGAGGCAGUGCACCCCAGCUUCAUUGCCAUGCAGCAGUCAUACAACACUUUCAAAUACUACUCCCACUUCCUCUUCAAAGUGGUGACCAAGCUGGUGAACCGAGGAUAUCAGCCUCACCUGGAGGACUUCCUGCUCCGCAUCAACUUCAACAACUACUACAAAGACUCCUGAACGUAUGUGUGUGGAACACUGUGUGCCUGUGUUGUAGAUAAUCAGAGUAGCCUCUAAACUAAUGAUUUGUUGAAUAUUAUGUACAAAUCUCUCCCCACACCCAUUGCAGUUUGGUCAUGUAUAUUUGUGGCAUGAAUAAUAUACCGUAUUAAAAGAAACUAUAUGCGUUGUAUUUACAUUUUAAAUGUACCUUGAUGACCUGUUUUGACAGUUUCAAUGUGCCGGACCAUACAGUAUUAUGCCUCCUGUCCACAAUGGUGUCUAUCAAAGUCAGUGAUAACAACCUUAUAUACCCCCCCCCCAUAUAACAUGCUGAUGCCAAAAUGUAACAACGCUAACUAAAGCUCAGGUGCCUCUCCUCUGCCCACCCCAUUCCUAAGCCCUGUGUGUCAAUUAAAGAAAUGCUUCAUUUUGUGAUGUAAAAACAAAACACUUAAACGGAGUAAUAAAAUGUCACUUGUAUUUAUUAAAGAUAGCAUGUUAACAUUUUUGGAAAACCUAUAGGUCAAACAAUGAAUGUAAAGUUAUGUGGGGGGGAGCACUGUCAUAUACAACCAAAGGUCAUUUGCAAAAGAGAGCAUUGCACUUGCAUUUUUUUUUUUUUUUUUUUUUUUACAUUUUCCAGAUCGCUUGUUAAUAUCUUCCCUGACUGUGCAUUUUACUUAAAGCAGAAGGAAGUUUGAGCAAUAUGAAGAGCAGACACUAAGGAGGAUUACAGAAGAUUGAUCCUCUAGGGUUGAAUCGUAACUUCCAUUUCAGUCAUAUUUUCACUUAGUCUCCCAUUGACAUUAAUAAAAAACUUAAGUGGAAGUAAG